UCUCGGUUCCCCCCCCCCCCCACCCCCCACAGACGGACGGUUCCGGGGCCCGCGGACAAUCUUUCCCGGGAGGUUAUGGACAGGAGAAAGCCAGAGUCGCAGCUGUGGUCCAGGAUAUAGCACGAUGCUGCAGAGUGGAUGGAGCUUGGACAACACUCUACCAGUCCCCCAACUCCCUCGUCCCUGGGCGAAGGCUGUUGUUGCUGUACUGGCCCUUCUGUGCUUUGGCAUCAGUUACAAUGGAGACUUUGUCUUUGAUGAUUCAGAAGCUAUAAUCAACAAUAAGGACCUUAGACCAGAAACAUCACUUGGCAACCUUUGGGAACAUGACUUCUGGGGAACUAAUCUCAUUAGCAAUACCAGUCACAAAUCCUACCGACCACUUACGGUGCUUACAUUCAGGUUGAACUAUCUUGUGGCUGGAGGAUUGCACCCAAUUGGGUUUCAUGUCGUCAACAUCGCAUUGCACAGUGUAAUUUCUGUAAUGACGCUCGACGUGUUCUCAGUACUUCUGGGUGGUCUAGUACACGAUGAGAAAGGGAAGCUGCUCAGUAGGGCACCAAGAGCAUCCUUUCUAGCUGCUAUGCUCUUUGCUGUUCAUCCAGUGCACACCGAGAGUGUUGCUGGUAUUGUUGGCAGAGCCGACCUGCUCUGUGCUCUGUUCUUUUUAUUGUCCUUCAUCAGCUACUGUAAAGCCUUCAGAAAAUAUGAUGUGGCUGCAGAGUUUUCCCUUCACUGGAUCUUUGCCAGCCUGUUGCUGUGUGCAGUUGCAAUGCUUUGCAAGGAACAGGGUAUCACAGUGCUGGGUGUGAACAUUGUGUUUGAUGCACUUGUGGUUUGCAAAAUGGAUAUCUUGCAGCUAGGUGUGACCCUGUUAGGAAAAGACAAAACAUCUGAGAAAAACCUAAUGUGGAAAAGAGGAUUUUUUACCCGAGUUCUGCUGGUGUCGUCUGGUGGAACCGCACUGCUGUACUGUCGCUGGAGGAUCAUGGGCACAGGCCCUCCGGUAUUCACUGAGGUUGAUAACCCAGCGUCAUUCGCCGACAGUGCCCUUGUGCGAACUAUUAAUUAUAAUUACUAUUACUCUCUGAAUGCAUGGCUACUCGUGUGUCCCUGGUGGCUGUGCUUUGAUUGGUCGAUGGGCUGUUUACCCCUGAUUAAAUCAUUCAGCGACUUUAGAAUUCUUGCCCUUUUCGCACUUUGGUUCUUCCUUAUUGGGAUCACGUGGCAAGGUUUAUUCUCCAAAAACCCAGAUGAAAGAAGAAUCCUUGCUUCUGGGAUUACCCUCGUGAUCAUCCCCUUCCUCCCAGCGUCUAACAUUUUCUUCAGAGUAGGGUUUGUGAUUGCAGAGAGGGUGAUCUACCUCUCCAGCGCUGGUUAUUGCAUCCUCCUGUCUUACGCCAUGUGCGUGCUGUCGAGAAAAGGCAAACGAGUGAAGAACAUCCUCUCUGCUGCUCUGCUGGGCUUGGUGACUCUGAACGUCAUGCAAUGUAUCCGACGCAGUGAUCACUGGAGAUCAGAGGAGGCUCUGUUCACGAGUGCCUUGUCAGUGUGCCCCUUCAAUGCCAAAGUGCACUACAAUGUCGGCAAGAAUUUAGCUGACCGAGGAAAAGAAGAUUCUGCGAUCCUGUACUACAGAGAAGCUUUGAGGCUCCAUCCAAAGUACGUUCAUGCUAUGAACAAUCUCGGAAACAUCUUGAAAGAAAGGAAGGAGCUUCAUGAAGCCGAGAAGUUGCUCUCCAGAGCUGUGACCAUUCAGCCUGAUUUUGCUGCUGCUUGGAUGAAUCUGGGCAUUGUACAAAAUAGUUUGAGAAAAUUUGAAGAGGCUGAAAAAAGUUACUGGACAGCAAUAAAAUACAGAAAAAGAUAUCCAGACUGUUACUACAAUCUAGGACGCCUGUAUGCAGACCUUCAUCGGAAUGAAGAUGCUCUCAAUGCAUGGCAGAACGCAACACUUCUCAAACCUAACCAUGGUUUGGCUUGGAAUAACUUGAUCAUACUACUUGAUAACACAGGCAAUCUAGCAAAAGCUGAAGCUAUUGGAAAGGAGGCUCUAAGAUUACUACCCAACGACCACACCAUCAUGUUCUCCUUUGCAAAUGUGCUUGGUAAAUUGAAGAAAUACAAGGAGUCAGAAAGUCUGUUUCUUAAAGCACUUCAGAGUAAUCCCAACAUAGCAAGCUAUCAUGGAAAUUUAGCUGUACUGUAUCACCGCUGGGGAAGGCUGGAUCUGGCCAAGGAGCAGUACGAGGUUGCACUGAAGCUUGAUCCAUCUUCGCCAGGGAUUGUGGAGAACUACAGCCUGUUGAAGAAGAAACUUGAACAACUGCAGCAGGGCCGACCCAGAUGGGAGAAGGUUGAGUGAUAACUAAAUCUCCAGGAGCUCGGUGUUAGCAGUUCAAGAUAUUCCUACCUGAUGAACAGUAGACUGCCACAGGAAGGAACUGAGCUUCCACAGCGAGUUGCGCACAAGCCAGUUAUCCUUCAGGUUUGUGGUUGUGUCAGUGCUGGCUCCUGCCUGCUAGGUCAACUUUGAGUGCCCUUUUCUCCAUGUUAAAACAUUGCGAGUGACAUGACUUAUGGCACCAUUUGGUCUGUGGAAAGCCCAGUUCAUCUCCAGUUAUCUCCUGGGAUUGGCAUUGGUGGAAUAAACACCAUGGAUCCAUCAUCGCAGGUUGUCAUGUGUCAUGGUUUAACCCAGAUACAGAAGGUGAAGUACAUUGGAACAUGAGGAACCAUAGGACCUCUCAAACUUGUCCCACCAUUCAAUGAAUCAUGGCUGAUCUAUACUUCUUAUCUCCACCAUGCUUCUAUAACCCCUCUCCUGGUCCAGCAAUAUUUGUUGUGCUCUAUCUCUAAAUUCACAUUUUAACCCAUGGCCUUUUUAGGGGUGAUCUCCCUCGUUCUGUGUAUCAGAAAGUGCUUCCUGACAUCACCUCAGAUAGGCUAGCCUCUGAUUUCAAGGAUCAGGCUCAGUGUCCGCAUUGUGCCCACCGGAGGUAGAGUCUCUCUGUCUGUCUGCCUCUCUCUGUCUGUCUCUCUCUCUGUCUUUACACAGUCAACCCCAUUAAUCAUCUGAACCACCUCAAUCAUAUCGCCCCUCACCAUCUGAACUCAGGGGAACACUAGAAUGUGCAACGUAUCCUCAUAAUUUAACUUCCAGUCCUAAUAUAAUUCUGGUCAUAACGGGCCCUUCAGCCCACUCUCUCUGUGCCAGCCAUCAAAUACCCCAACUGUACCAGUCCUAUUUCCCAACACCCAGCCUGGAGCCAUGGCUCUUGCAUUCAUAUUCAGAUCAUUAAUGUACAUAACAAACAGCAAAGUCCCAGCACUGAUCCCUGCGCUGUACCAAAGGUCACAGGCUUCCAAACACAAAGGCAGCCCUUUCACCAAGCCAGUUUUGGAUCCAAUCUGCCCUGGAUCCCAUGGACCUUUUGGACCAGUCUUGGUGAGGAGCCAUGUCGAGUGCUGUACUGAAGUCCACGUAGACUGUGUCAACUACACUACACUCACCAACAUAGUUGGUCGUCUCCUCUCAAAAAUCAGCCAAGUUAGUCAGCCAGCAUCUCUCCUUAACAAAGCCAUGCUGACUAUCCCUGACCAGUACAGCCUCUCCAAGUGCAGAUUAAUCCUGUCCCUCAGGAGUUUUUCCCAAUAAUUUCCCUACCACUUAUGUUAGACUUGCCAGCUUGUAAUUACCUGGCUUAUCCCCACUGUCUUUCUUGAAUAAAUGUUCCAGAUUCACUGUCCUCCAGUCAUUAAAUUAAAUUAAAUUUUUAAAUUAAAUUUUAUUUACAGUGUGGUAACAGGCCCUUCCGGCCCAAUGAGUCCGCGCUGCCCAUUUUAAACCCAAGUUAACCUACUUGUACGUCUUUGUAACAUGGGAGGAAACCGGAGCACCUGGAGGAAACCCACGCAGA